AUGUCUUUAAAAAUUUUGUUUAAUGCCUUUAUUUGUUUUAUGGCGAUUUUAUUUAAAAUUACUUAUGAAAGGUAUAUACCAUAUUCUAAUAAUGCAUCUUUAAUAGGGCAUAUAAAUUUCAUAAUACCUAUAUCAAAUUUAAUAAAUAAUUAUAUUCUUCUUUCAAGUUUUAAUGGAAAUGUAGCUUUACUAAAUUAUAAAACAGGUAAAUUACAAUAUGUAAAAACUCAUAGAGAAGAUGAAAAAAUAAAAAAAUUAUAUGGAGAUGAAAAAUAUGCAGUUGCAUUAAUUUAUAAAAAUAAUUCAGAAAAAGACAUAAACGGAAUUAACAUAAAUGAUACUAAUAUUUAUUCUUAUAUUAGUGUGUAUAAUAUUAUGAAUUCUUAUUUAUUGAGUAUAUUUGAAUAUAAAAAUGAAAUAAUAGAAGAUUUUUUAAUAAAAGGUGAACAUAUAAUUAUUGUUUUUGAUAAUAGAAUAGAUAUUGGUAAUAUAAUUGAUAAUUCAAUGUAUUCUAUCUACUUUAAGGAAUUAAAUUUAAAUUUAAUUUAUUUAAAACUAAUUUUAUUAGAAGAUAAUAUUGCCACUUUAUUCUAUGUUGAUAAUAAUUUGUUUUGUUAUAUAAUGAGUAUUGAUAUAUCGAGUAAAAAAACUAUAAAUUCAACAAAAAUUGAAGAAUUAAAAUUAAAUAAUAAAAUUAAUUAUCAUGUUAGCGUAUAUAAUAAAAAUGUAGUUAUUAUAUACAAUAAAAAAUAUUUAUACUGGGUAGAAUUAAUAAAUAAAGGGGAAAAUUAUUAUUAUAAUUAUAUGAUUAUAAAUAAUAAUGAUGAAGAGCAAUUAUUUAAGAAUGAAGUCAUUGAAAAUAAUAAAUUUAUAAAUGAAGAUGAAAGGGAACAAUGGAAUACUAAUAAUUAUAUUGUUAUUGAUGUAGGAGAAUAUGAACUAGCAUAUAUUUAUUACGAUAGAAAGAUGAAUUUUAUAAAAAAAGUAACAAAAAAUGAAAUUAUAGGCUAUUAUAUUAAUAAAAAUAAUAAAAAAGAAAUGAUAAUUGCAAGUGAUGAAAAUAACAAAAUAAUUAUUAAAAAUAUAGAUGAAAUGAAAAAUGAAAAAACUUUAAAUAUAUUAAAUAAAAGCAGUAAUAUUUACUAUAAUGGAGAAAUUAUUGUAGGCAUAUUUAACUCAGAAGAAAACAAAAAUUAUUAUUUUAGUAUAUAUAAUGAUUCUUCAUUUACAGUUUAUAAAGAAAAUGAUGUAUUCUAUUCAAGAGAGGAAUCAUUAGCAUAUAUUGAUCAGUUAUACUUCUACAAUUUUCAACAUUUAAAAAAAAAUGGCAAAAAACAUUCAUAUAAUAUUCAAUUUCAAAUAAUGGAUGAUAUGAAAAAAUAUAUAAAAGAAAAAAUAAAUUCAUUUAAUAAACCGUUUAUAGCAGAAAUAGUUAAAAAAAAAGAAGAUUCUUCCUUAUUUCCUUUCAAUUUUUUUUAUUUGUCUAUUGAAGAAAAAAUGGAUUUAUUAAACGUUUGUAAUAAAAAAAAGUUAAAAAGUGACUUUAUAAUUAAUUCUAAAAAGGAAACAAAAAAUUAUGAUGAAAAAAAUAAUCAUUAUAAAUUUUCCUUGACGAAUAAUUUACUUAAAGACUCUUUUACAAAAUUUUCUCUUCAUCACAGUAGUAAAUAUGCAGGAAGUUCAGUUAUUCUUGUAUCAACUUGUAAUAAUAUAAUUUUUGCUUUUCAUUUAUUUACUGGUUUAAUUUUAUAUAAAAUUGAUGGAAAUAAAUUUCAAGGAACAAACAUGUUUUCUUUAAAAAAACGCUUAUGUUCUUUUAGUACAGGUAAGAAUAAUUGGUCAGAAAUUGAAAAUGGUAAAAAAAUAAUAUUUUUAAAUAAUAAAAUUGAUAAUGUAAAGAGCGGAAAUGAUGGUAAUAACAAUAAUGGCAGUAUCAUUCUAAAUUCUAAGAAUGAGUUGCAUUUAUUUAAAAAAUUUUCAAAAGAUUCAGUGAUAACUAUUUUUAAAAGUGAUAAGAGUUCAUAUAUUUUAAUAUUUGAUAUAUUAUAUGGGGAUAUUAUAUUUGAAAAAAAAAUAGACUCUUUUUUAAUUCAGCACUAUUUUGUCCUUAGAAAAAGUUCUUCCAUUAUAAUUAUAGAUAAUUUAUUAAAUAUUCAAGUUAUAAAUGUUUUCAAUAAUGAAAUGGAUGAAGAUAUAAAAGAAAAUCAACUUUUUUUUUAUAAUAUAAAUAUAUCUCAAAAUUAUAUAGAGGGAUAUAUGUUAAUUAAUUCAGUAAAUACAGAAAAUCAUAAAAAUAAAAUUAGUUUAAUAAAAACAUAUUUAAUAAAUAUAAAUAAUGAACAAAUUGAAGUUUUUUCAAAAUCAAUAACAAAAAAAAAUAUUUUUUUCCCAAUAAAAAUAAAUAAGGACGCUUCUAUUUCAUAUAAAUAUAUUAAUAAUAAUAUAAUAUCCUAUAUUACUAGAACAAAUAACAAGCAGAAUAUAAAUUACACACUAUACAUACUUGAUGGUGUUAGCGGUAGUCUUAUUUUUUCAAAAAUUCUAGAUAAAUAUAGCAAACCUCCUUUUCAUUUAGUGAUAAAUGAAAAUUACGUAAUUUUAAAUUAUUUUAAUGAAAAAUUAAAUAAAUAUGUAUUUCAUAUUAUUGAAAUAUUAUUAGAUAAAAAAGAUCCAGGAUUUCUAAGUAUACUAACAUCAAAAAAAGAAAAAUUUGUUGAUUUAUUUGAUGAACAAAAAAUUGUUAUAAAUGAAAAAAAUUACAUAAUAGAUCAUAAUGUGAAAUCAUUUAACUUUACUGAAACAAAAAGAGGAAUAACAAAUAAGCAUUUAUUACUUUUACUAGAUACUAAUAAAAUUUCUUCACUUAAUAUAGGAGAUGAUCAAAAUAAGAAUUAUUAUAAAUAUUUUAAUCAAUUUAUUACACAUACGGAUAUUUUAUAUAAUUCAAAAGGAUUUAUAUCUAAUGAAAGUUUAUUAGAAUCAACUACACUAUUAUUUUCUUGGGGAAACAAUCUUUAUUUUACAUAUUAUCAACCAAAUGGAUCAUUUGAUACAAUUGAAAACUUUAAUUUGCUACUAUUAUUGUUUUUAAUUAUAUUGGUAUUUAUUGGCACAUAUUUCUCAUAUAUUAAAAGAGUAAACAAAAAGUUGUAUAUUCAAUGGGGCUGA